GGUACGCCUCGUAAUUCCCACCAUUUCCACCGGGCUUCCUCGGCAGCGGCUAGAUGGCUCUUCCCAUUCCGCCAAUCUCCCCUCUCACCAUCCUCAACCCUAACUCCCCUUCCCCGCUCUCCACCGCCGCCUCCCCUCGCACCACCGUCGUUCUGCCGGGGUUGGGGAACAACAGCGGAGAUUACCGAGGCCUCUGCUGGACGCUUAGGGAUGGCUACGGUAUCCCCACCGUGGUGGCGAAGGUCUCCCGAUUGGACUGGUUUCGAAAUGCCGCUGGUCUUCUGGACUCCAACUAUUGGAGAGGAACUCUACGUCCAAAGCCCGUUCUUGAUUGGUAUCUGGAAAGAGUUGCUGAGGCGGUUUCCGAAGCCAGAAAGCUUUGUCCGCAAGGAGGGAGCCUUGCAUUGAUAGGACACUCAGCUGGGGGAUGGCUGGCGCGACUCUACAUGGAAGAAUUUGGAACGUCGGAUAUCUCUUUGCUGAUCACCCUAGGGACCCCUCACCUGCCACCUCCAAAAGGUUUAGCAGGAGUGAUUGAUCAAACCAGGGGCCUUUUGGACUAUGUUGAAAAGCAUUGCGCACCAGCAGUCUAUACAUCAGAACUGAAAUAUAUCUGUAUUGCUGGAAGGUAUAUUCAGGGAGCACGCUUUCUUAGUAACCCCAAUUCAGAUAUUAUAGAUCAUAUUGAUAAUAACAAAGGAGCUUCUGAACUAGUCAUCACAGAGAGAAUAGUUGGAUCUGCUCCAGUUGCCCCUACUAUGAGGACUCGCUUCAUUGGCCAGGGUUAUAAGCAGGUGUGUGGGAAGGCAGAUGUCUGGGGAGAUGGAGUUGUUCCCGAGAUCUCGGCGCACCUCGACGGCGCGCUCAAUAUAAGCUUGGAUGGAGUUUAUCACUCUCCAGUUGGUUCAGAUGACACACAAAGACCUUGGUAUGGAUCCCCUUCAGUUGUCCAGAAAUGGAUCAAUCACCUUCUGAAUUGACAUCACAAACAAGCUUAGAAGCAGAUUCUCCUCUUCCUUACCUGAGAGUCUAAGGCUUCGUUUGGGACAACUUUCUUGUUGUUUCUUAAAGCAAUUUUCUAUAAUUUUUAUACUAAAAAACUGCUUUAAGAAGCAACAAAAAAGCCAUCCCAAACAAAGCCGAAAUCUGCAACUUCUCUUCAGUGCAGUUACAGGGGCUUGCUUAGAUUGUUUCAACCUAAUUGCUCUCUCAUUUAGAAAUGAAGUAUAAGGGAGAUCUUAGGGAUAGGGCUGUCAAAAAAGCUCAUUGUAUCAGAAGAGCUCGAGUUCGACUUGACUUCUCUUUAUGAAAACGAGCCGAGCUUAAAUAUAUAUUUUGAUCUUAUCUAUCGAAUGAUUGAACAUCUAAUUGUGUUCGACUUGUUAAUUAUUUGUAUAGGAGCGACAUAUAUGUGAUUGAUUGUUCUUAUAAACAAGCUUAUGAAUCUCUAUGAUUCAAAACAUUUAUAUGUUGUUGAUGGAGUGUCUGUAGUAGCCAUUGGUGAAUGUAUUAUGAACACUUGCUAAUUAUGACCAUUCAAUUUA